GUAAUUCCACUCCACCUGAAACUUCCCUCCCCUUCAGCACACUCCCAAAUUACAGCACUGGAAUGAAGCUGGGACUCUUUGCCUUGCAGUACGUUAGUAUUUUCCCCAGCUAAAAGGAUCGGAAAGAUUCCUCCUGUGGGCUUGCAUCAUGGAGGCAAGCAGUCAAUCCAGCAGUCAACAGAUUCUUUGGAAAGAUGUUGAGGCGGGAAAAGAGAAGAAGGCCAAGUACCACACCUACCAGCGAGUAGCUCUGGUUCUGGCUCUGGUCUUCCUCGUUCUGGCACUGUGUGUUUUCAGCCUGAGAUAUCUGUGGAGCCCAAGUCUGGGGAAGGUGUAUGACCACCAGUACAAGGCUGUGUUGGAUGGCGUAGAGACGGACGGUUUGCUGGAGAUCGACCCCGGUCAGCGCAUUGAGAUCUUCAGAAUGGGAAAUGGGAGUGAGGAGGUACUUGAAGUGCACGACUUCAAAAAUGGAAUCACUGGGAUCCGGUUUGCCGAACAUCAGAGGUGCUACAUCAGGACCCAAACUAGGAAGCUACCCACAGUGGCAGAGGUGGAGGCUGAGGACACAGAGUUACUGCAGGUGGAUGAGACUGAGGCCAUGGAUAUGAAGAUGGAGGACUCCCAAGUGUGGGUUCCUGCCGAGGAGCCCAUCGUUAACCCAGCUUUCCUCUUCGACUCCAAGAUCUGGGAGAUUUGCCAGGAGCUGCCCAUCCACUGGAUCCAUCCCUCCCCUCUGAGCGAUGCCGAGGUGGGAAAUGAGGACACGCCCGACGCGGAGGCCACUGGUCAGCGUUUCACCCGAGAUGUCCUGGACCACCAGCCCGUAAACGACUAUAGAGACGUUGGAAUCGAGCUGGAUAACCGUCUGGAUGACCACGGCUACUGCUGCCAGCACUGUCGCCGUGGUUACCGCUACUGCCGCCGCUACCACGAGCCCCUGGGUGGCUUCAACCCGUGGCCAUACUACUACCAAGGAGGCAGGGUCAUCUGUCAGGUUGUCAUGCCGUGCAACUGGUGGAUCGCCCGCAUGCUGGGGAGGAUCUGAGGAGGGCGCGUGCUGUCUGGGAUUUAAACUGUUUGUGUCAACACAGGUGCAACUUCUCCUUUUGAUAAAUAUUCCAGACCACGUUGUGAGACCAAAGCAGUCCAUUGCACACAAUUAUUAUCCAAUCUGAAAGUUGGCCCACAGAGUAUUAGCCAGUUUAAACAGUCUAAAUGGCAUUUGAGGCGUUUUGAUUCUUUCUUAAAAGGCAUUGCUCGUUUACAGCUGUCUAAUUUUCUCUGCUUAUCUACCCAUUUAGUGUCUUUGCUGUUUGAUCCUGUUGAAUAGGUGCAAUUUAGUCUGGAAGAUGUCACCAGAAACUAAUCUGCUUAAAAAAAACUUAAGCACUGCCUGUCCAUACAUUUUUCACCUCAUAGAUUUAAAAGACUUGUUCAACUUACACUAUAAUAUAUGAAAAUGUACAUGCAGCAUAACAAUAUGUGCAGCAGUCUGAGUGGUGCUAUCACAUUUAGUCAUUUAACUACUUGUAUUUGUCUCAGUUGUUUGUGAUCAGUUAUUUUAUGUUUGAUUAAAGAGUUGUGCACAGCUCAAUCACUCAGCCUCUCCUUGCUCUACUCUUUGUCUUUCUCACACCACAAAUGAGACAGGAAGUAACCAGCUAAACAUUAGCCACCUCACCAUCACGUCGCCUUGCUCCCUGCCGCUGUGGACUGUUUCCCUGGGAGGUGAGUGGGCAGUAGCGGCUCAAAUUCGAAUUCGGCCAGCAGCAGCACUGGGUCUACCAGGUGGCUAACCUUUCAGCUGCGGCUGUCUGGUCCCCUGCAGCUGGAGUGUGUGCUAGCUGGAUUCAGGUUGCUGCGGCCACUGACUUGGGGUCCAUCUCAGGAGCUGCUGCCCACUCUCCUCCAGGUAUAGUGGUCUGUAGAGGCGGGGAGUGAGGCAGACAUACUGUGAUUUGACACUCCAGCUAACGUUAGCUACAUAAACUUGAGCAUGAAGCCAAUCAGCAGAAGGCAAAACAAUUAGCAGCAUUUUUGGUCCAUGUCUGAAAAACUGAAAGUCUGAAAACUACAAAAAAAUCUGCUGCUAUUGACAGGUGUUGGCUAAUUCUUCUUUUUGAUAAGUACGUCUUCCCGUUUUGGCUUGCUUUGCAGUGUAGGCAGUUGAUGCUAAUGCUGGAACAGCAACUUUCUCUGCAGGAUCCUCCGCCAUUGAAUCAGGCUUUCACUGAGGGGAUGCAUUUGUAGAACAGCCAACAGGAACUCUGUCUCUGAAACGACCUGUGAUUGACCAAAGUCCCCCGUCAUGGGUUGGAUUUUCUAAAGCCUGAGGUGCAGAAGUCUACUUUUCUCUCAGUUCACUUGAAUUACAAUAUACUUUGUUAUGGGAUUUUUGCCAAAUGACAUCAAAAUUAAACUCCCUACUCGAGCUUUAAAGCAGAUAUAAAGCCUCCCCAUAUUCACAUGCAAUUAGAGCAGUGUGCGCAACAUAAUCAAACUAAAGUGAAAUGAGGGAAAGAAACAAACAAGCUAAAAGAUAAAAUACUAACACGCCAGCCCAGAAUUAAAGGAAGCUUUCUUUGCUGGCUUUCUGUAUCCUAACAAUUCUUUUAUCUGUUUUUAAGAUCAUGUUAAACUAAGGAGGUACAGUAUAAGAUGCACAGGCCUCAGCUGUCUCUUGUGAUGUAGUUACUGUUGUCUUAUCCUCCAUUGUUUUCCCUCUUGUUGCAAUCCACAAAAUGCUUUAAAUAGUGCUACUGUUCAAACACAUUCCUCUGCUGAGGCGAUUUUAAUCUGUAACACCACGUCUCAAUCUGUCGAGCUGAAAUAACUCUCAUCUGCAAGUAACAGAUAAGCAAGCGAGAUAGGCAUUCGCAAUUGAUGUUCUGUCAUCACAAUAACAAGGUGCAUAAAUGCCCAAGAGUAUUCAAGCAAUGCAAGAUAUUCAAAAGUUAAACCGAGAGACAAAAAUGGAGCACUCAUGUUGUCAUGGUUUGCUUUGAAGCCUUCUGUAUGUUCCCGUCUCUUUCCUGAUAUUUUUCCCCCCAAUUAAAAUUGCAUUGUAUGAAUAAUGUGAGUUGUCCUAUCAUAUGAAACAAUAUGAUUUGAAAGCUGAUGAAGUGUGGGCUUGAAUCUGACUCAUGCACUCCAUACAAUAGACAGGCCUCCUUCUCUCUUCUGCAUUAGUCCCAUUGCUCAUUAGCAAAAACAUUUAGCAUCAAAUUGACAAGGAAAAACUAGACAUGCAUGCUUUUAUUGUUCCUAUUUCAUAACCCGAGUCUCUCUUGUGUAUCUGAUGCAUAAUAAUGCAUUGUUUACAGUAAUAUAAAAUCAGCUCGCCUGCUAAGUAAAGCUGGAUGUUGACUCAUGUUGGCUCAGUGUGAUAAUAAUGUCAGUGAUAUCAAUAAUAUUUGGCAGCCAAAUGGAUUUUGUGAAAAAGACGGCGAAACAUAUUACUGUAUGUAAAUGUUUUAUGGAUAUGCUCAUAAAUGGAGUUCACACUGCAACUGUAUUGUUAUUUUUAAAUCAAUAAUGUCAAUAGCCCAAAGCAACAUGUCAAGUAAAAAAUAGUGGCAUGAGUUAACAAAUGCAAUAAUUGCAAACAUACUUCAAAUAAACUGACAAGUGUACAGCAAAGCCCCCGAGGCAUUUCUGAAAAGUUCAUAAAAUCAGUGUUUAUAUAAUUCAUUUCUCACUAUGUCCCGCUUAUCACAACAAAUAGUGGAGUGUUUAUUAAAACGGAUGCAUGAAGCGUGCUGGUUGCUGCUGCUGCUGUGGAGCAUUUGCCUUCACAACGUUGGGAAAUAGUGUAAAGUGUUCCCUUUUCGUAAGAUGCUGUUAGUUGUCUAUCUGCCGAGGUCUCUGAGGACUUUGAGGACUCUUUUGUGUAGUCGUGAGAGUAAAUUGCCAUGGAAGCCCUGAGAGUCGGUCUGAAUGGGAUGGCUCACCCUGACUGGAGAGGCUGAUACAGAUAUUACAGCCGGCUCCCCGAGAGCUCCUCGUGCCUGAUGGGACAAAAGUCCAAUAUUAACCAUGAAAGUCAAACUUUAAAAGUACUUACAAUUAAAAAUCAUCAAGGAGGAGACCCAGAAAAGAAACAGGAUGGUGGCGAUACUGCAGUUACAUCUAUACAGUCCAGUUGUGUGCUUAAAAAAGUGAAUCAGCAUUUGGUAUGUGAUACAUAUAUCUCCAGAGGUCAUUGAAAGCAUCUUGAGGUAACCAGCUGAAUCAAAUCUACAACAGAAAAAAAUAUCCCCAAAAUCCCAUUUUGAAUUUAAUGUUCAGUGGUUUCACUUUCAAAUGAAAUGUAAAUAAUGUGAUGUUAAGUAACCCAGUGUAGCUCAGUUAAAGAGAUAUUUAUUAGUGACUGCAUUUAAAGACCACUUCAGACACGUAGAGAGGAAGGAAAACAAGGCAGAGUCAGUGGAGUUCAGCUUGAAAAAGGAUGUUUUUCAUCUACAAAAGCAAACACUUGAACAACUCCAAAUCCAAUGAUCUCUGAUUAUUAGUAUGGGGCUUUUUUAUACCCCCUACAUCUAAUUAAAUAAAGGUUUAUUUGCAUUCCCAUACCAUGCAUGAUGUGGUUCAGUACUGUCUACAUUAGAUAUGGGGCAAAUUUGUGAGUCAGUGACAGUGAGCACCAGAAUGAAAGAAUAUAUCAUCUCAAAUGAAGCCCUGCACAGUUUUUUUUCUCAUGCAUUUUAUACACUGUCUAGGAAAAAAAACCCUCCAGCACUUGUUUAUCAGUGUUUUGAUGGGGAGAGGAAACAAGAUCGACUACUCUGCAGGAAAAACAGAGAUACCGAGCGUCUACCGGGUUGGCACAGUUCAAAGGAUUUUGCCUACCUGGCCCGAGGAAUGGCCACUAUCAUUGAGGUUCACAAGUGAAUUAAUUCCUUUUGUUACUUAUCAAAAAAAUGCAGUGAAACUUCACUCCCAGCUGCUUAUUUUCAUUUCAAAUAAUCUCUCGUUCAUUUAGAUCAAUGAGUUGCUAUUCUGGGGCGGAGGAGAGUGAAAACCAAUGUAUGAGGAGUGUCUGUAUUUAGAUUAGUAACCUGAAGGAAUAGCUUGCUGCAACCCAGACUGAGGCUCAGGCUCAGCUGAGGACACAUGUAUCACCAGUGCCAUCUUGUGUAGAGAGAGGUGUACUGCUGCAAUAUCAAACCAGACACUGUUCACUCUUUUUCUUUUCCUUUUUUACAUUUUGAAUCCAUGCUACACCUGCUGUCCUUAAAUACAUCUCUUCUUCUCGGAGAAGACCCUCAAAAUUUAAAAGUGGUCUAUUUAAAUCUAACCUUGGCUGCAGGUUGUCAAGUUAACAGACUGCGCACGGCUGCAAUGGCCAUGAGACUGCAGUCAUCAACUCCUUUUCUCUGUAAUGUUGCAGUCAGUCUGUUGACCUGAUGGUUAAAUAAGCUCUCCCUGUACUGUUCCUGCUACAGGCUGGAGGCACAAUAAUGUCAGCCGUCAUCCUUCAACUGCUCCCACUGUGAGAGGCAGCAUGGCACAGCAGUAAACACUCGCGCUGUGUCAGUGGCUGCAGGCGACACAGAAAUAGUCCUCCUCUCCCAGGACCCGACUCUCGCUCCAUCUUCAGGGUCUCUGACUCACUAACCAAAGGAAUAGCGCAGACGUAACGGCUGCUAGUAGCCUUUCAUUAUUUUAGUAAUCUAUAACAACCUCCGCUUACCAUAUGGCAGGCGAUCGAUGAACCGCUGAACAGAAAAGCAAAGUGUCUGUUUAGAUGUAAUGGAGGGCUGUUGAUUUUCAUUGUUAUUUCAAACCAUAUUCUCACCUGCAAAAGGUUGAGAAGGAUGUUUGCUGGAGUGAAGAAGGCUGGAGUGGUGGACGUGGCUGUGACUGAACUCCUGGCCUUAUUUUCUGUGUUCAUAUAUGUGUGUGUGUGAGUGUGUGUGAUAACCCUAUGGCAACACUGGAUUGUGUGGUACACAGCUGUGUAUGUGGGUGUAGACAGAGCUAGGCACAGUAGGCAAGCCCUGCUGCCAGACAGCUUCCUCAACACCACCACCCCUCCUCUUUCUCCCCGACCCUGAACACACACACACACACACAGUCAAUCCAAGCCAAUGCACACACCCCGACACACAUCCACCACACACACACACACACACACACAAACACAUCAACAUAACACAUGCUCAAACUGAAUCAGUCCAAGUCAGUGUAACCCCUCCACUCGCCAGCCACACACACACACACAGACACACACACUUCACUCUGCAAGCUGUGGUGACAGACUCGGCUGUCUUCAGUUCUGGGCAUGUCACAUGCUAAUGUAUUCAUCCACCCACAGCAACUGGAGAAGCAGCGCUCUUAAGUACAGUCCAAUCAGUCUCUGGCCUGCUAAUGGCUCCAAUCCAGUUCCCUACAGUAGCUUUUUCUCUCUCUUCAAAUGCCAUGUGGUCGAAUGUCCCUCAAAGCCGCAACAGCCCGACAAUACGACUUUGAGACAGAAAUGCUUCAUUUUCAUUAUCUCGACAGUAGAAAUUAAUUGACAUAGUAACCCGCCUUGUGUGCUAUUUGUUUCCAAGUUUAAUUUUGUUUUGUUUAAUUUUUUUCAGAGUGACAUUUUAUCUGCGUCUCGCGCCGACUCAAAACCACUCUGUCUGCAACAAAGACAACAAAUGAAAAUAUAUUCAGUGACCAAGAUUUUGUUUUUAAUUAGUACAUUGACUUUUUCUUGAAAAUCUACUUUAUAUUCAGCAUAAGGGAGGCAACCUCAAGAUAACAGAAGCAACAAAACAAAACAUAAGCAGUGGACAUACCUCAACAUCUCACAGACAACAGUGCUUUAGGGAAAAAGGCAGGGCAGAUACGGGAAUAUAUACAACGCAAAAAAAAAAAAAAAGAAGAAAAAAAAAGAAAGCAGCAAAUCCCCACUCAAAAGAUUUCUAUGCAAAUGUAACCCAGUGUAAUUAUUGA